CAUCACGAAGCACAUAUAAAUCCUAUAAAACCCUAAACUUUCACUCCCGACCUUCUCCUUAGUAGCCCGCCGAGAACCCGAACCCUAGCCAGCUUCCUCCAAAGCACAGAGGCAUCAACUCGAGAUGGGUGAAGAAGUCAAGGUAGUGGUUCCAGAGUCAGUGUUGAAAAAGAGGAAGAGAGAAGAGGAGUGGGCUUUGGCAAAGAAACAGGGGCUUGAAGCUGCCAAGAAAAAGAAUGCUGAGAAUCGGAAGCUAAUUUACAACCGAGCAAAGCAAUAUUCUGAGGAGUACAAGGAGCAGGAAAAGGAGUUGAUCCGGUUGAAGCGUGAGGCUAAGUUGAAAGGUGGAUUUUACGUUGAUCCAGAGGCUAAGCUGUUGUUCAUCAUUCGAAUUCGUGGUAUCAAUGCAAUUGACCCAAAGACCAAGAAGAUUUUGCAACUCUUGCGUUUGAGACAGAUCUUUAAUGGUGUCUUCCUGAAAGUUAACAAGGCCACCCUCAACAUGCUUCACAGGGUUGAACCUUAUGUCACUUAUGGGUAUCCCAACUUGAAGAGUGUAAAAGAGCUGAUAUACAAGAGAGGUUAUGGGAAGCUUAACAAGCAGAGAACUGCCUUGACUGACAACUCUAUUGUCGAGCAGGCUUUGGGCAAGCACGGCAUUAUCUGCACGGAAGAUCUUAUUCAUGAGAUCUUGACAGUGGGACCUCACUUUAAGGAAGCAAACAACUUUCUAUGGCCAUUCAAGCUGAAGGCACCACUGGGUGGUCUUAAGAAGAAGAGGAACCACUAUGUUGAAGGUGGAGAUGCCGGAAACCGUGAGAAUUACAUCAAUGAGCUUAUUAGAAGAAUGAAUUAGAUUUGCAGAGUAUUUACUCAUUCCAGUGGUUCAAGGUUUUUUGUGUUGUCGGUAGAGGGGAUCUGAUAUUAUUCCUCUAUUAAGUUGAACACAGUUUUCCGUUAAGGUUCGAGACUUGUGAUGUUGAAAAUUUUAUUCACUUUUUGGAGACUUAAUGCUAGAAAGUUUUGUUGUCUUA